AUGAGGACGUUGAAGAUCUUGAUGAAGAUCUUCAACAUCUUCAGCAUAGCAGUGACAAAGAAUCUUUUAGACAGAGACACGUUCUCCAAAUCUGAUCCACUGUGCGUCUUGUACACUCAGGGUGUGGAGACCAAGCAGUGGAGAGAGUUUGGAAGAACGGAGGUGAUUGACAACACGCUAAAUCCGGACUUUGUCAGGAAGUACAUCCUGGACUACUUCUUUGAGGAGAAGCAGAACCUGCGCUUUGAUUUAUAUGAUGUUGACUCUAAAAGUCCUGAUCUUUCCAAACACGACUUUCUUGGCCAGAUGUUCUGCACACUGGGCGAAAUUGUGGGGUCGCCAGCCAGCCGACUGGAGAAACCUCUUGGGGGCAUACAGGGAAAGAACUGCGGCACUAUCAUCUUAUCUGCUGAAGAACUGGGGAACUGCAGGGACAGUGCAACCAUGCAGUUCUGUGCCAACAAAUUGGACAAGAAGGAUUUUUUUGGAAAAUCCGAUCCCUUCAUGGUCUUCUACAGAAGUAACGAAGAUGGCACGUUUACGAUCUGCCAUAAGACUGAGGUGGUGAAGAACACCCUCAACCCUGUUUGGCAGCUGUUCACCAUUCCAGUCAGAGCUCUCUGUAAUGGAGACUAUGACAGAACAAUCAAAGUGGAAGUGUAUGACUGGGAUCGUGAUGGCAGCCAUGAUUUCAUCGGUGAAUUCACCACCAGCUACAGAGAGUUAGCCCGAGGUCAGAGCCAGUUCAACAUAUAUGAGGUGGUGAAUCCAAAGAAGAAGAUGAAGAAGAAGAAAUAUGUAAAUUCUGGCACGGUGACACUGCUGUCGUUCUCAGUGGAAUCAGAGUCGACUUUCCUCGAUUACAUCAAAGGAGGGACCCAGAUCAAUUUCACUGUGGCCAUUGAUUUCACCGCCUCUAACGGAAACCCAUCCCAGUCCACUUCUCUCCAUUACAUGAACCCGUACCAGAUGAACGCCUACGCCCUGGCACUGAAGGCUGUGGGGGAAAUCAUCCAGGACUAUGACAGUGACAAGAUGUUCCCUGCACUGGGAUUUGGAGCCAAGCUGCCCCCCGAUGGACGAGUGUCUCAUGAGUUCCCCCUAAACGGAAAUAUUGAAAAUCCCUACUGUAAUGGUAUUGAGGGGAUAUUAGAGGCAUACCAUCAGAGUCUAAAGACUGUCCAACUAUACGGACCUACUAACUUUGCCCCUGUUGUAAAUCACGUGGCCAGGUACGCAGCUGCUGUCCAGGAUGGCUCACAGUAUUUCGUGCUCCUCAUCAUCACAGAUGGAGUUAUAUCAGAUAUGUCACAGACCAAAGAGGCCAUCGUGAAUGCUGCCAAGCUUCCCAUGUCCAUCAUUAUUGUUGGAGUUGGACAGGCUGAAUUUGAUGCUAUGGUUGAGUUGGAUGGUGAUGACAUCAGGAUUUCCUCAAGAGGAAAAUUAGCGGAGCGAGACAUUGUCCAGUUUGUGCCAUUCCGGGAUUACAUGGACCGGACGGGAAACCACGUGUUGAGUAUGGCGCGACUGGCCAAAGACGUUCUGGCUGAAAUUCCUGACCAGUUCAUUUCUUACAUGAAGAGCCGGGGAAUCAAACCCAAUCCGGCGCCGCCUCCAUACACACCACCAGGACACACACACCACACACAGAUCUGAGCGCACGCUCCCAAACCUGCUUUAACACAACAGCUCCUCUCCCUGGAGUCAUGGGGUAGCUGUACCGGAGCUUUUAGGGUUUAGCUCCCAGUGUCACCGUGUGUUUGAACUCUCCGAGACACUUUGAGGUACAGUGGCGUUUCUGUUUGUGCCAUUUAUAUUUUCUGCCCGUUCAUUUUUUUUCUUCGGAAGGAUGGUGUGAUCCACGAAUCUGACCCAAGGGCAGCUUUUUUUUUUGUUUUGUUUAAAAAUAUCUAUAUCUUGGCCUGUGACUGUUUCUUAUUUUGUGGAUCAGUUGACAAGAGGACGAAGAGCAGGAGGAGGAGGAGGAUGUUUGUGGUUUCAACUUGUGCCUGUCUGUGACUGUCUCGGUGUACCAGGACAAGUGUGCCCUAAUCUGACAUUUGACCUUACUCCACAUUGGUAUACUAGAGUGUGCGCUUUACAGUGACGUUUUUUAGAUUUGUAUCGCUUUCAUUUCGUAUCAGAUCAGGCCUGUGUCCAUUUGGGUUUAUUACGUUAAGCAUUGCUUGUGCAAAAAUGUUAUUUGUUUCUCCGUCUUUAUCCAUUAUGAUUUAGGAAAGCAUGCAUGCGUGAGAAGAGGCUAAAUGAAUCAUUUUGUUUCCUAUUCAUGAAUGGUGUGAUGAGAGAAGUACUAUUUUCCCACAGUUUCACACACGGCACCUGCCUAAAGUGACUGUAGAAGUACAACUUCUUCAAUAAUCAGCAUUACCCUCACUCAUGUGCUUUUGUAGGAAUGCAUAGGGGCCAUUUUGGCCGACCCUGCGUAACUGCAGCACAGCCGAUAUGGGUCCUCUCUCCCUCUCAAGCAGAAAUGAGGCCUGGAGUGUGCUCAGAAUGGUGUCACCCACUCAAGCGUAGUUCAUUCACCAAUUCAAUUUUGUCAAGAGGCUUUUAAUCAAAUAAGAGUGCCUGAUGUAUCUGUACUCUGCCAGUAUUGGGCUGAAUGGAGGAGCUUGUGUAAUUGAGCACAUUACAGUCCUGUCUGGGUAUAAUAACCAUGAGCAUUUAGCCCUGUGACUGUGUAUGGGGUGUUCAUUACCUCCAGAUGUAUUUCUGCCAACCCAUAAGGCUUUGACAGAGCAUCAAAGCAUCAGAGGCUUUUCAUCCCCCAGAUGUCGUUAAUGUAUUUUAUUCUCUUUA